AUAAAACUUAUUAUUACAAAAAAAUCUGAACAGAAUCUUGGAAAUGCAUUUUAACUUGAGGAUCCAAUUUCUAUGUCAUUGGUGGGACUUACACACACACAGAGUUCUCUUCUAACAGUAAUAGUACUAGUUUGUUUUUUCCUGUGUCUUUCCCUUUGUCACUGUUUAAUGCCUUUUCCAAUCUGCAGUGGUCGAAUUGUACUAAAGAGACCAAACAACAACCAAAAAAUUAUAGUUUUAAAGUAGUGUGCUGCCGUCUGCUUUCUUUUUUUAUCUGACGUUGCACCUCUCUCUCUCUCCAAUGAUCUUAUCUCUAUUUCUUUCAUAUUUACAGUACUUAUUAUCUCUCUUUCUACCUCACCAUUUUUAGUAAAAAUUAGAAUACCCACAAAGCAGAACAAUUCUGUCAUGUCAUUUUUAAAGCUCUGAGCCUCCAAGUUUCUUGAAAUAACUAAAGGGUCUUGGUGGACUAUUUUGCUUUACAUUACAACAACAACAACAAACCCACUUGGGUCCCAGAGGCGGAUUCUGGGGAAUAUAGUGUAUAUGCAAACCCUGAAAAAGUUCUUACAAAAGAUUGAAUUUCUCUGGCGUUCAAGAAGCUCUGGAGUUCUUCUGAUCAUUUCGCAAAGUGCAAUCAAAGUGAAACAUCAUAGGUGAUUCAAGGAACGGCAACUAUCCAUUGAUUGGAUAGUCGCUGUUGUUUACCAUAGUUUAAAUUCGCGACCGACUUUUAUCCAAGCAACAUGAAGCCUCCAAAUUUCAAUUUGGAAUCAGAAGACGAGUCCGAGGUCAGCAGCUGCCAAUUAGGUUCAAAUAUAUAUGUCCAAGAAACUUGUCCUGGUCCCUCCAAGGACAGCACUACCAAUUCCUGCCUGACAAACUCUUUUAAUCUUCAGCAGGAUUCAAUGCCUGUUACUCUUGACUUGACUCUUGGCUUCAACAGCAGUGAUCCCGAGUUGAACGCCAAUGGUGAGACGAGUGAUGAAGUAGUACCCCAUCCUCCAACAGCAGUAUUAUCCAGGGUUUUCUCAUGCAAUUUCUGUAGGCGCAAGUUUUACAGUUCGCAGGCUUUAGGAGGACAUCAGAAUGCACAUAAGAGGGAGAGGACUUUGGCGAAGAGGGCAAUGCGGAUGGGAAUGUUAUCGGACAGGUAUGCUAGCUUGGCAUCGUUGCCCCUACACGGGGCUGCAUUUCGAUCUCUUGGCGUGGAAGCUCAUGCUUAUAUGCACCAACGAGUCUCGUACCAAGACACGCCUACACACCCAAGUAGAGCUGGGGCGAGAUUUGAACAAGGCUAUUUCGGGAUGCCAGUAUUUGUGGAAGACGAUGAAGUGGAAAUGUUUUGGCCCGGUAGCUUCAGGCAAGUAGAGGGAAUUGGUGGCAAUCAGAGGUUUAAUUCAGGGCAAGGUUCCAACAUAAAUUUUGUAACAGUAGCUCCUCCAACUAGGACAGAUCCAUCAUUGCCUGAUCUUAAUUUGAAACUCUGACAAGUCUUUUUCUCACAUUCUAUUCUACCGUUUGUAUCAGAAUUUUCAAUAUUGUGAUAUUGCAUUAGUGCUCUAUAUGUACAGGAGAUGAGUUUUUGCCUUGAAAUAAUUGUGGUAUUACAUUA